UAAAUCUCAGUUAAAAAUUACAAAAAAAAACAAAUAACAGUGCAAAUAAAUAUAGAAAAAAAGAGUUAAAAUUGGCUAAAUGUUGAAAUAUUCAAUGUUUAAAUUGUAUUUUGGGCCGUUGUUACCGCAAAAAUGUUUACGGCCAUUUUUAAAAUUACAAGAAUUUUUAUUGAGCCAUGUCAGAGUGUUUGUGUUAUUAUUAAAAUACAGCAAAAAAACAACUGCAACCACAACAACAACAUCAACAACAUCAAAAAACUAACAAAUUCCCAGCAACAGCAAGUAAAAACUGAAAUCCAACAACAGCCACAGAUACGCCACAAAAAACGACAACAAUUGCUAAAAAGAGAGCAACUGCAAAAACAGCGACAGGACCAAGAGCAGCAAUUAAAGCAAUUACAACAAAUUUACAAAAGAAUUAGCAAUGUUUGUAUUGCCCGAAUUAACACAAUUACAAAUACAACAACAACAACAGCAGCAGCAACAACAACCACAACCAUUCAAAUUUCCCACACAGCGAAGACAACAACAGCAAUGCCAAAAGCAAUCACAAAUCAACAAAUCAUCAACAUUGCCAACAACAAUAUUAAACAAUUUUUCAUCAGUGCUUGGCCUACAAUCAUCAACAAACAGCAGCAGCAACAACAAAAGAUAUCGAAACACUACCACAGCAACAACAACAACAACUAUUCAUCUGCAUACAACAACAACAACGACGAGAAAUUUAACUGUAACGCCUCGUUGCCUACACCUGCAUUUAAUUAUUGUGAUUAUCUUGGCCUGUUGUACAAGAUGGCUUCAUUGUUUACCUGAUGGUCGGGCAACUUGUCGUUCAGUGCCCGGUUUAACCAAAGAUCAAUUGGAAUUGUGUUACAAAGCCAGUGAUGUAACCACGGCUGCCUUAGAAGGACUAGAUCUGGCCAUAAGAGAAUGUCAAAUACAGUUUCAAUGGCAUAGAUGGAAUUGUUCAUCGUUAAAUACAAAAAGUCGUAAUCCUCAUGCCUCUAAUCUCUUGAAAAAAGGCUAUCGUGAGAGUGCUUUUGCCUUUGCCAUCUCCGCUGCCGGUGUAGCUCAUAGUGUGGCUCGUGCCUGCAGUCAGGGACGUUUAAUGUCAUGCGGUUGUGAUCCUUCGGUAAAUCGCAAAACUCUUAAUAAAAAUCUCAGACAAAGUCUAGACAAAGAGAAGAAACAAUUUCUACAAUAUUUGGAAACGAAUCAAAUCUUAACGGCUGAAGAUGAAAAGAAAUAUGAACGCUCGAAAAUCGCCAGCCGAUGGAAAUGGGGUGGAUGUUCGCAUAAUAUGGAUUUUGGUGUGGAAUUUUCAAAGCUUUUCCUGGAUUGUCGAGAAAAGGCAGGCGAUAUACAAUCAAAAAUAAAUCUACACAAUAAUCAUGCUGGGAGAAUAGCCGUUUCCAAUAACAUGGAAUUUCGCUGUAAAUGUCACGGCAUGUCUGGAAGUUGCCAAUUGAAAACAUGCUGGAAAUCUGCUCCUGACUUUCAUGUCGUUGGCAAAGUCUUAAAACAUCAAUUUCGAAGAGCCCUACUCGUUGAUCAAUCGAAUCUGGGCAAUGGAGAACCCAUAGUGGUGCUAAAAAGAUCACGUAAUAAAAAAUCCAAUAAUGGUUUAACCAAUACCGAACGGACCAAUGAGCGACACGAACGACCGUCAAAUACAAAAGUGAAUACGGAAAAGAAUGCCCAAAGAUCUGCCCGCAAAUUAGAAACUUCACUAUUCUAUUAUCAAAGAUCACCGAAUUUCUGUGAAAAAGAUCCAACAGCGGAUAUUUUGGGCACAGUGGGUCGUAAAUGCAAUCGUAAUAGCACUUUAAGUGAUGGUUGCACAUCUUUAUGCUGUGGCCGUGGUUACAGUUUAGUGAAGGAACGACGAGCCGAACGUUGUCAUUGUAAAUUUCAAUGGUGCUGCAAUGUAGAAUGUGACGAAUGUCAUGUCGAAGAAUGGAUUAGUGUGUGCAAUUAAAAAGAACAAAAUAAAAAAUAAAAACGAAAAACAAAAACAAAAAACAAACCAAAACCAAACACAAUCAACUUAAAUUCUACAAAGAGACUUUUUUUACAUAAAUCUAAAGAAAUUAAUAAUAAAAAUAAACAAUUUACAAAAUAAUAACACUUAAUAAUAUUAAAUAUUAUUUAUUAUAAAAUAACACAAAAUUUUAUGCUUCUAAAACAAGUUGAUCCGCAAUAAUAAUAAUAAUGAUAAAAAAGAGCAAAACAAAAAAUGUCCU